AUGGGCGGUUUAAAGACAUAUCAGUUCGUUACAGUUGCUGUAGUGGGAUUAUUCGGAGUAUAUUCCGGAGUUAAGUUUUUUGAACCUCUGGUAAUAAAUCAGCUCAAAGUAGAUGGAAACUUAAGGAAUGAUAUAGAAAUCCCUGAGUAUGACUCGGAAGGUAAUCUAGUAGAACCAUCUGAGGUGCGGCGUAUCAAGGAGCAGAUGAACAUGUCUGGUGACGCAUCUUUUAGUGGUUCCAAAUAG